GUGUGGUUUCUCCCGGGACAGCAGGGGGCGACGUAACGUUUCUACAUUACCCAGCACUAGAGAAGAAGAAGAACAACAACAACCGGAAGCGGAAGUAGCUGUGCUCAAAGAAGUCGUCCUCAGGUUUCGGAUCGGAUCAGUCGGUGGAUAAAGUCAGAACACCGGUAGAUUUACUGGAGCGUUUGUGUCGCUCUUUAACGGCUUCUUCUUCUCUGCUGUUGAUUGCAAGAUGGCGGCGGGUCUCGCUUCCGGCAGCCUGGAGCCGUAGAACCCUGUCGGUCCAAUCACCAUGUAGACGGAACCGACUCACCGAACUAGACCGACGGACAGCGGCUCUCUGGGCGGGGACCGGCGGCCCGGAACCAGGGUGGCUGCGGGGUCGCCCCGCGGGGGCAGCGGGCUGAUGGAGAGUGACUGUCGGAUCCCGGUGGCGUGUUGUCGGCCUCGAGUCGUUGUCCUCCACGCGCUGUUCUGGGGCCUCGUCUCUCUGCGGGUGUUUGGAGCAGGUCUGCUGAGUGAAGAGAGAACUCCAGUGAAACAGGUGGUCGCCCCCUGCUGGCUGCUGGAGGACUUUGUAGUGACGACAGAGUGUUUGCAGUGUAACGCCUUCCAGGCCACGUCGUGGUCGUCAUGCCGACUGACGGGUUACGUGGAGCGAGUCAACUGCACCCGGUCCAACCGAGACGAGUACAAGAGCUGCCGCUCCGCUGUGAUGGAGGAACACCUCUUCUGGAAGUUCGAGGCGGCCAUGUUGGCUCUAAUGGUGGUUCUGGCGGUGGUGGUCGUGGUCCGUCAGCGCUGGCUGGACCGUCUCGCUUCUGAAAAGGUCCGACGCCAGAUUGAAUCCAUCUAGAACACCAGAACCGGGUCUCGUGAUCCAGAACCAGGAGAUGGUCGGGGGCCAGGACCACAGCUCGUUGGUGGGAUGUUUGAAUGGAUGAUGGUUUUAAACAAAAACUGAAGACGUCAAACUGGACCCAAAUCAGGCUGAACUGGUUCAUUAAAAUACCAGAAUGAAUUAUAACAUUUUUAGUUCCUUUAUCAAUGUGCUUGUCAGAGUUUAGUAUUGACUUUGGAGUUAUCCAUACCUCCUUUUCAAUUGAUUAAGUUCUAUUUUAUUCAUUAAUUCUCUAAAGCAGUGGGACACGUCUAAAUCCAAGUGUUUAUAGGCUCCACUUUACAGGUUAAUGUGUGACUCCUGUAAUGAAUUAAUACAAAUUAAAACAACCUGGUUGGA